GUGACAAGCCCGCCAACUGCUUCUCCGAACUACAUCUACUCCUGCGCGAUAUCUGACGCUGUCCUCUUCGUUCGUCGGAAUUAGCAUUUCACGACUCCCUCCUCCCUAUACCUCAAUUUUUUUUCCGGGUUUGCCCAGCUACCACAUCCCGCCUCUACCUUGUCAUGAUAUUGAACCAAUUAAAGUGAUCGUGAAUCCGUCCGGGGUGCCCUGUAAGUCGCAUCAUGGCAUCGCAUUCCACCUCUCUCCGUGACCGUCAGGUCGCUUCCAUUCAAAAGCUCCUCAACUUGAAUCACGAUACGCACCUCACCGAUGAGUCGCACCCCGAUGGCUCUGCCCAGGGCCUGGUCUCGACCCCCGUCUUGAACGAGGAUGGGGAUCCGAUUUGGAAGGUAUUGGUCUUCGACAACUUGGGAAGAGACGUGAUCAGCAGUGUACUUCGCGUCAACGAUCUCAGAACAUGGGGUGUCACAAUUCAUCUGAAUAUUAACGCCACCCGCUAUCCUAUACCUGACGUCCCUGUCAUCUAUCUCGUCGAGCCUACCGCUGCCAACAUCCAAGCGAUCACCAACGACCUUGCCCGCGGCCUUUAUGCCCCUGCCUACAUAAACUUUCUCUCCUCAGUCCCUCGACCGCUCUUGGAAGACUUCGGUUCUCAGAUCGCCACGACAGGCACGGCAGAACAUGUCGCACAGGUCUUUGACCAGUACCUAAACUUCAUUGUCGCGGAGCCAGACCUCUUCAGCCUGGGUUUGGGCAAUGAUGCUUACUGGAAGAUCAACAGCGCGCAAACAAGUGACGACGAUUUAGAUGCCAUUGUCGAUCGGAUUGUUAGCGGGCUGUUCAGCGUCAGUGUGACGAUGGGUUCCAUUCCGAUCAUCAGAUGUCCAAAGGGCGGGGCGGCCGAGCUGAUAGCUACCAAGCUCGACCGCAAGCUCCGUGAUCACAUCCUCAACUCGAAAGACAACCUCUUCUCCAGCAAAAAGUCCACCCCCGGCGUCCCUUCAUCGCGGCCGGUUCUCGUCAUCGUCGAUCGCAAUGUGGAUCUAGUCCCUAUGCUCUCCCACUCUUGGACGUACCAGUCCCUUGUCCAGGAUGUCUUACAGAUGCGCCUUAAUCGAAUCACGGUCGAGACAACGGAUGAAGCAAACCCUGCGAAGGGUGUAACGAAGCGCGCGUAUGAUUUGAACAGUAAUGACUUCUUUUGGAAGCGCAACGCUGGCGCGCCCUUCCCGCAGGUGGCCGAGGACAUCGACGCCGAAUUGACACGAUACAAGGAGGACGCCAACGACAUCACCAAAAAGACCGGCGCGUCUUCAAUUGAAGACCUGCAGAACGACACUAGUGCCUCUGCGCAGCACCUCAAGGCGGCCAUCACGCUACUUCCCGAACUGCGAGAACGGAAGGCCAUUCUCGACAUGCACAUGAACAUCGCAACUGCCCUGCUGAAGGGCAUCAAAGACCGCCAGCUGGACAACUUCUUCGAGCUCGAAGAAAACAUCACCAAGCAGUCCAAGACGCAGAUCAUGGACCUGAUCAACGACGCCACGAAAGGCAACAACCCGACCGACAAGCUCCGCCUAUUCAUCAUCUGGUUCCUGAGCACGGAGACGGAAGUGUCGCGCGCCGAGAUGAGCCAGUUCGAAGAGGCCCUCACGCGAAUGGGCGUGCAGGACGUCAGCCCGCUCUCGUACGUCCGGCAAGUGCGCGAGCUCACGCGUAUGACGAUGAUGACAACCGCCACGGCCGGCGCGCCGCAGCAACAACAGCAACAAUCCUCCAACCUCUUCCGCGGCUUCUCCUCGCUCUCCAACCAGCUGACGGACCGCAUCACCUCGGGCGCGCUGGGCGCCAACUUCGACUCGCUCAUCUCGGGCGUCAAGAACUUCCUCCCGGCCAACAAGGACCUCACCCUCACCAAGAUCACCGAGUCGAUCAUGGACCCGGCCUCGGCCUCCAGCUCCGCCAUCGCCAAGACCGAAAACUACCUCUACUUCGACCCGCGCAGCGCCAACGCCCGCGGCGCCAUGCCCCCGGCCUCCGCAUCCCGCAACACCGCCCAGGGCGCCCCGGGCUUCGGCGUCGCCGGCGCCGGCACCAGCGCCACCUUCGGCCAGCGCCGCCAGGGCUUCAACGAGGCCAUCGUCUUCACCGUCGGCGGCGGCAGCAUGGACGAGUACGGCAACCUGCAGGACUGGGUUCUUCGCGCGAACGGCCAGCAGGAUAGCGCCGGCGCCGGCGCCGGUGCCGGGAACCGGGGCGCUGCCUUCACCGGGCCCCGACGGCGCGUCGUCUACGGCAGUACGGAUCUAAUGAACGCGAACGAAUUCCUGACGGAGUCUUUGGCGAAGUUGGGUCGGGAGGGCUAGAUUAUUUUAUCGGGUGUUAAGUUCCGGAUUGAACGGCGUGAGGGGCGCCGGGGGUAAGUCACGGAUGAACUCCGACCUCAGGCCUCCCUUCCCUUCACACAUCACACCUAUUAUAGUACAGUAGUUACCUUGAACCUAAUUCGACA